CUCCCGGCUGAGAAAAUGACGAGAGUUCCUCAGGGGUUUGAUUUCAGCUUCUUAAAUGACCACGAAGCCUGGACGAUCCUGCAGGUGCUGGAGAGGAACGAGGAACUGCAGCGGGCGGAGAAGGACCGGAUCAGCAAACUUCAGAAGACAAAGAGGGACAUCAGAUGGCUCCAAGGAGUGACUGGCGAAUGGUUUGAAGAAAUACAAAGAAAAAAGUUUUGCAAUGAAACAGAUGUUAGCCAAAUGUUAAAACAGCCACUUACAUACAGGCUCAGAAAGGGCAUGGCAGAAAAUGAUCCUAUGGAGUUGCAAGCGUCAAGAUCUAAAACCACACCUAACCAAAGAAACUCCACUGCUGUUCCUUCUCGGCUGAGCUUUAAAUCAUCCCUUGCUUCGCUCUUCUCCUUCAGAAAAUCCAGAAAAGAUUUGAAGCUUCAGUCGCUGGGGCAGAAAGGAUCCGACGGUCAUGCAGGACCUCCUGUGUCCAUGAGGGGAGCCCCUCCGCAGACAAAACUCUACAAUUCCACUCUGAGAAAGCAAGUGGUCGGCAGUGCAUUCGUCCCCAAACCUGUAGGCAUGAGAGAGGGCGGUGGUCUGCCUCCCGGGGGUGCCUCCCUUCUGGAAUUUUUCCAAGUUUUAGAUGACUUGGAUAGCAAACUUGCUGAGGAACAAUCUUCAAAUUCGGUAACUACUGAAAUGCCUCUCAACUAUGGAUCAAGAACACAGUUUGGCCAUUUGCACCCCAGUGAGAACAGACAUGGGAGUAUGACAGGAAGGCAAAAGAAUCGCUAUAAUGAAACUUCGAAUAUGUCCAUCUAUGACAUCUUAAGACCAGGAACUCCUAGAGAAGGUUUUAAAACCUUUUCUCCUAGAACAAGGACAAUUUAUGAUAUGUACAGGACACGGGAACCCAGAGUCUCAAAAGAAGAUUAUGUGCCAAAGAAUACUUUUGGCAGUACUUCUCUAUGUCUUGACAGCAGGCAGCGAUCAGCCUCACAAGCUCCAGGGCAUUUCACAGCCAGAAGCUUAUAUUUUCCAGGCACAGCUGGGAACAAGAGUGGGUUUAUAUUACCAAGCCACCAGCAGAGCCCAAAGAGAACUCCAUUAUCAUCCAUCAUCUGGAACAUAUCAGAUCCUUCUGAAGAUAGGCAGAACCAGAAAGAGUUCCUAAACGAGACAUCCCCCAUGGAUGUUGACCCAGACCACCCAUCUGUAUAUCCUCGAUGUUUUCAGGAAAGUACGAGAUAUGAAUUUUACCAUUCACAGAAUGUUUACCAAAAUGUCAACUUUCAUAUGCCUAUGGAUAAUGCAAUGAGUUCUGACCCAUUUGAGAACUCAGAGAAUAUGCCAUUCUACCCUCCAGACAAUGCAUUUGCUAGGUCUUUCUUUAGCAAUACCUUUGGACGAAGCAGAGAACAGAGAUUUAGACAGAAUCCUUUUUGGGGUCAACCGGAAGCACAUUCUCCCUGGUCAGACUUUAGAAGGGAACCAUUUACAUCUUCUGACCGUGACUUUGAAAUGACUUCCAUGGAAGCAGAUGGUGCCUCCUCCAUUCAAAAUCACAGUGUUUCCUCUCAACACUGGGAAUCUUUUUCUUAUAGCUACAGAACUGAUAUUUCCAGAAACCAAGAAGAGCUACAUCCCUGGCACUUUGGUUCUGAGACAUCCACACUUGAGAACAUGGAGGUGUCACAAGAUCAUGGGGACCAGGCAACUCUUCAUUUUGACACGCCAGAUGUUUUCUCCACUACUGGCUCAAGCUAUCACAUCAAAUCUGGUGGAUCAGAAUUUCAACCGGACAGUUAUCCUAGAGAAGUUCCCAUAAACAAAGAACCCUACUCAUUUGGAAUGUCUCAGUCUUCAUUUAACACUUCCCUCCCCCAGACUUCUGGUGGCAAAAGGAAUUCUCCAAGCUCCAACUUUCAGAAUCCCAAAGUCACUCUGCAAAAAGUUGUUCCCAGUAAACCUGUCUCUGUUCCAAUAAGAAGCUAUACAGAGGUCACUGUGACCAACAGUGACUCCGUUGAUUAUUUGCCUCAUACUGAAAGCCAACCCAGUGUCACGGCCAGAGAAGUGAAUAAUGACAAGGAUUUGCACGAAUCCAAUUUGGAAAAAGACAAAGAGCUAAGAAAAAUGGGCCAGAUGAGCAUGACAGGAGAAAUCCAGCAUCCUGUUUCACAGAUGGUAGACUCUCCCCGCUUACCCAGUACCCACAGUCCCCUCUUCCAGAACUCUGCCAAGAACAACAGUUUUGUUUUCAGUGCACCUUCCACCGUAAGUUCAAGAAGGUCACCAAGAAUCCAUCCUAAGAAAGAUAACCCCAGGAUAUAUACAUCACACAGGAAUAAAUCCAAUGAACUUAAAAAAGAUAAGACUUGGACCGAGAACAGAAAGUUCAGCUCAGCAAUUUCCCUUCCGUUGAGAACAUCAUCUUUCCCCACCCCCAAUCAAAGUUGUCACCAGGAACGGACUGUAAAUAAUGAAGAUAUUUCAGGUACUCUUCAAAAUAACCCCUGGAGCUCCAACCGUACUGGCAAUCCAAAAGCACUGUCUCUAGAAGAGCCUAACCGUGAAGAACAAUGGAUCACAGCCCAUUCUUCCAACAGCAGUGAGUCAGCUGCAAGCCAGAAUAGCACCUACGAGUCCCCUGUCCUGCCUAUACUGCCAACUUCCUCACCAGUAAAUGAUUCUUCCUCAGAUACUCUGAUGAGUCCUUCUACUACAGUAUUCCCCAGGAGAAGUCCCUCAGGGCCAUACCCAUUUCUGAGAGGAAGAGAAGGAAAAGAUAGUGAUAGUAAGAACCAAAACAACCAGUUUGUCCCAAAUUCCUCGGAAAAUCAAAAGCGAAAUGAUAGUUGUAGACCUCUACAAGGUGAAACGAUGGAUGCUGUCCAAGACUCCUCCCAUUCUCCUUUAAUGGACAGAAGGGGGAAAGGAAAAAUAAGACGGCAUAUCUCUUACAUUGAAUCAUUAAGCAAAAAAGGAAGUAAACCAACACCCGGAAGAGAGAGACAUAAUCUCAUGGCGGUGAAUGAAAAUAAUUCUAAGGCUUCCCAGCCUCACCCUGUUUAUUGUACCUUUCCAAGAAAAUCAGCCAGUGCUCUCUUCAGUAGCAGGAAAUCUGAGAGUAGGGCAAUGGCUUCUUCAUUUACGGGUGGGACACUUCCAGUCCCAAUAAAAAGUAACACUGAAGAUCCAAGAGAGGGGUCCACUUCUCACAGAUCCAGUCCCUGCUCUUCUGAGUCGGACAGGGAAGGUUCCAAAGUUGUGGCUAUCUUAGUUCCUGUGGUCCCCGAAACUGGAGAGGGGGUGGAAAAUGGGAAAACCGUCAAAUCUACUUCUGUUGAUAAAAAACCACUUCCGUUUCUUGAGCGGGCCAUGUCCUGUCCCUCAGGGGUACCACUGGCCUCCACUGGAAGGGAUGAAAGAGGAAAAUGCUUUUCAUACGGAAACAAGUAUGCCUCUGUUAUAACACCAAGGCCUUGGGAGAGAGUCAUCAGACCUCUGGAAAGGGCUUCAUCUCUCAGGGGUGGUUCUUUAACCAAAAGAUCCCAGCAAAAUGAAGGCUUCCCAGGAGGCGCUGAAAAGGACAGUAGAGCUGCUGCCCCUGGGACAGGCGGACGCCCCCUUUCAAAUGAAGACCCUUUCCCUUCUGAUAUGUCAGGAAAGGAAAGUGGGAAAACAGUGCAGAAAUUUAAGAUGACCAGUACUCUUUCAGUUUCUAGUGAUGAGGCGAAUGUCAAAUGUUUGGAAGUUGUUUCCGUGUAUUAUACCCUACCAAGGCAACAGAGCCAAAAACUCGGCCACUUCCUUCAGGAGUUUACGCAGCACAUGGAGUCACUUACAGAGCCACCUGUAGUGAGGACCGAGUCAUCUCAGGACCCUAUAGAAGAUGAACCAAAGGGUUCUGCGCCAGAGCAGUCAGGAAGCCCUUCCCCUGAAGACCUGACAAUGCAGGUCGGCUCUGCUCACCGGGGUCACCAUCUUUCCCAAACCGCUGUCAAAACGACUGACUUGCCACCAGCCAGAAGUGGGGCCUCAAGAGCCUUUCUGCCGCGAAUGGCUUCUUUCGAGGCCGAGGCUUCUUUUCAAAAAGGAGACUCUAAAACCAGACAGAUUGUCCCAGAUCCCUUACAGGAAAGUGAUGCACAGAGCACGAAAGAGAGAGGGGAAGCAUUGGAGAGUAAAACCCUGCAGCCUUCAUCAGGGCUUCGAGGGAAACUAGCAACAGAAGAGAACUCUGAUCAUCGCCCGCCUCCCAUCAAGUCAGGUUCCAGAGGUCCUUCUGAGCUCAGAACCUGUUCAGAAGGGAAUAUUGGAAACUCCCCAGUGGCAACAAGUUCUGAGGAGUGUGCAGGGAGUGAUAUAGCCAGCAGGGCAACUGGGAGGGCAGGGUAUGUUCAGGAAGAUGACCGUGCCAGUGGAUCGCAGCUUAGGGAAGUCAGAGGACAAACUGGAACACGUUUCCAGAAACAAGCCAACACAGCACCUUGCGACUUACAGAGCCAAGUCAUUGCUCUUACCCCUGCUCUCCAUAAGCUACAGCUUGGUCAGGCGUCCAGUGAACCAGAUAUAGAGAGUUUGCAGUUUGAACCCAGGGAAAUAUCUCAAAGAAGCCAGGAAGUAAACAGGACAGGGAACCAGGAGGCUCAGAGGGAAACACAGAAGUUGGUAUGGAAUCAACCUUUAUUUCCUGGAGGAAGUAAUCAGAAUGAAACCAGUUUGGAAGACCAAGAAAGGGAGCAAAACAGACCUUCAGUCAAACACAGAUUGGCAGCCAUGUCCAAAGCAAACCGAAAUUUUCCGGCUAAAGUUUUAAGCCCCAGAAGACAUGUAGCUACUAUCUUUCCCCAGAGACAGAACAGUUCAGACUUAAGUGGCUUGUCUCUCGACAUGCCAGAGUGCAACCCACAGUCCCCUGAGCCUACUCCAAAGUCCACAGACUCCAGAGAGGAAAACAGGUUGAGUCAUGAUGGAACGGAUGCGGAGAUAUCUGGGCGUGCCCUCCAGGUUACCGUACUGUCCAACAGAGAAACUUCUAUGCACUUAAGCAAUCAAAAGUCUAACAGCAUUUCACCACCACCUCAGGAUGAGCUCAAAGAUAUCUCAGAACCACCACCAAAGUGUGAGAAUUCAGAAGAGACAACAAAUGCUCAGCCUUUGGACAGAGAACCAGUAACCCCAGCCUCACCCACAUUCACCAACCUGGGGGCAGCAGAUUUCUUUGACCCCCCAUUGCCGUUGAAGGCUACGCUGGAGUCCAGCAUCCGGCCAGUCAGUUAUCAGCAGCAGCAACAGAGGCAUGCUUCAUCUCUGGAGUGGGAACCCGAGCCGAACCCCUAUCGCUCUAAGAGUUUAAAAAGCGUCCGUUUGCAGGGCUACGGGCUACGGAAAAGUCAGCCUCCAAGAGUCAGGGAGCGCCAUUUUUCGGAAAACACUUCUCUGGACAAUGCCCUGAGCCGACUGACCCUCAGGGAGGAAUUCCCUACCAAGAGUGGGUACAAUCGAAGAUUCAAAUCUUUUUCCGAACUCUCCUCCUUCGAUGAAAAUGAGAGCUGGACUAUGUAUAGUGACAGGCCAGACACAGGACCCCGGUCGGCAACAUCUAUCUCCAGACCUAUUGACUAUGGGAUUUUUGGGAAAGAACAACAGUUGGCUUUCUUGGAGAAUGUAAAGAGGUCCCUCACACAAGGAAGACUGUGGAAACCAAGUUUUCUUAAGAACCCCGGUUUUCUGAAAGAUGAAAUCAUUAAUCCUGAGAAUCCGGGGGAGUCUUCGAGCUCAAAAUCUCCCAGCAGUCAGGUGCCUGAGGAGGUCCUCUCCCCAAGCCCGUCACUAAAUAUCUAUGAAGAGGACACAGCAGACUCGGACUGUGACACAGACACAACCACAGAUGAUGAGUAUUACUUAGACGAAAAUGACAAAGAGUCAGAACUGUGAGGCUUGGCCAGCAAUGUCUAACCUUUCUACCAAAACUUUGUAAAUGGAAAAGUGUAGCUAAAUGUAUCUCUGAGAAG